AUGCAGCGCAAGAUCAAGGAGAUCCAGAGCGAUGCCGCCCUCGACGACCGCGAGAAGGCGCGCCGCAUCCAGGAGCUCCACGGGUGGCACGCGGGGGCGGACAGCGACAGCGACGGUGAGGACGACGAGGAGACCCGGCAGGCCAAGGAGAUGCUCGGCUGCCCGGUGUGCUUCGAGUUCUGCGAGCGCCCCGUGACGGCUCGGUGCGGCCACUCGUGCUGCCUGGCGUGCUUCAAGCAGCUCCUGCGGCACAAGACCGGCCAGCUCAAGUGCCCGAAAUGCAAAAACGUCAUCAGCGACGACCUCGCGCACAACCCCCGCAUCAACGUCGCGCUCAUCGCGGCGAUCAAGGAGUUCAAGCGCAACAGGAACAGACCCCUCACUGCCUGCGGGCCCCGACCCUCCCUCUCCGGCCGCGACCGCCGCAUCUCCAUGCUCGACCGCCCGGACCAGGCGUUCCGGUCGGAGCGCGCGGUGCGCAGCGGGCUGGCGAACGCGGCGUCGGGCAAGAUGCUGGUGUCCGCGGAGAAGAACCACCUCGGUCCGAUCGGGCCCGAGUAUGACAUAUCGGACGAGGCGGUGAAGAGGGGGUGUUACGUCGGGCGGGAGUUCACGGACCGCAUGAACUGCCGGCAGUGGGGCGCGCACCUCCCGCACGUCUCGGGCAUCGCCGGCGGCGCGACGGGCGCGCCGUCGGUCGUGGCGUCCGCGGGCUACGACGACGACGUCGACAUGGGGGAGUGGAUGCUUUAUACCGGGUCGGGCGGACGCGACCUCACGGGGAACAAGCGCACGAACAACUACCAGGAGUUCGACCAGGAGUGGGUCCGCGGCAACGAGGCCCUGCGCGGGUCGUGCAAGCUCGGGCUGCCCGUGCGCGUCGUCCGGUCGUGCAAGAUGCGUCACUCCAACUACGCGCCCGACCCGACGCGCGCCGCCAAGAAGGUCGCGUCCCUCCCGGGCGGCAAGGGCACGCGGCUGGUCGACAACGACCUGCUCUGCCGCUACGACGGCGUGUACCGCGUCAUCAAGUGCUGGCGGCGCCCCACCAGCGCCACGUGGGGCAAGCGCGUCGCCAACAAGGACACGGGCGCCGAGGAGCUCGUGCUCGAGCCCAAGGGCGUGAAGCCGCCGCUCAUGUGCCGCUACCUCCUCGUGCGGUGCGACAACGAGGGCGCGCCGUGGACGACGCAGGAGGGCCCGAACCUCCCGCUCGCGCAGUGGCCCAAGGCCGCGCGCGCCGAGAUGGACCGCAUCAUGGCGAAGGAGCUGGCGGAGGCGUGCGACGUCGAGUCGCUGGACCCGAAGGAGGAGCACUGGGGGUUCGAGGACGGCAAGUGGGGCUGGGUGCGCACGCCGCCGGCGGCGCCGGUGAAGAAGGCGCGGAAGACUGGGGCGCCGCGGCCGCGCGGGCCGGUGUCGAUGGCGCGGCGGCACAUCUCGGACCCGUCGCUGGCGUGCGGGCUGUGCGACGACGUGCUGCAGGAGCCCGUGCAGGCGGACUGCGGGCACAACUUCUGCAAGUCGUGCAUGGAGGGGCACUGGCCGAACUUCCAGAGCACGAAGGCGGCGAAGACGGACACGUACAAGAUGCGCUCGCGGAAGAACGUGGCGACGUGCCCCGUGCGCGGGUGCGAGAAGGACAUCACCGCCACGAUCACGCGGCCCGUCAUCAACCGGGACCUCGAGCAAGUGAUCGACAAGAUCCGCGCGAAGAUCGACGAGCAGGCGGCGCGGCGGCAGCAGGCGGCGGCGCAGAACGUGCUGGAUGCCGAGGGCGGCGACGGCGGGCGGCAGGACUCGGACAAGGAGAACGCGGCGCUCCGCGGCGGCGACGGGGGCGCGUCCGCGCCGUCGAGCCCGAAGGCCGCGAGGUCUCCGUCGCGCGGGCGGUCGGUGCCGCUGAGCCCCACCACGCAGGCGGCGGCCGCCGGGGCUGCGGCGGGCAGCGUGCCGCGCGCCGCGUCAACGCCGCGGCAGGCCACGCCCGCGACGCGCACGACGCCCGCGCGCGCCGCCGCGCCUACCCCGAAGUUCCCCAAGCCGGUGGCGUCCCCGGCUUCCGAGGCCCCCGCGGCCUCGCGGGGCGCGAAGCGCGCGCUCGACACGGCGAGCCCCGCGGCGGUCAGCCCGCCCGGGAAGCGGCAGCGGCGCUGA